GGAGAUAAAACCGUGACUUGCUCUCGCUUGAUUUUAUAAAAGGAUUUCAUUACCGAAUGAUGUUUAAAGAACUGACCUGUCUGGUAGUUUUGACCAUAGCAUGUACAGGCACUUAUGCUUUAUCCUGUCUGAGUUGUGAGCAUGGCUACGAGCGUCUUACUUACUGUAACAAAGUAGUUCAGUGUUUUGGUGAACAGGCUUGCUUCGUUGAAAGAGUGAUUUCAUUGGAUGGAAGAAGAACAAAAUAUUUGGCUGGAUGCAGAGACAUAUCUUUGUGCAACGGCUGUUCUGCAAAGGAAACCAAGAACCUGACCGAUGUUACCAUUCGAUCCGACAUUGCGGUCUGCACAGAAUGUUGCGUCCACUCAUUGUGUAAUACACAGGGAUGUGGUGGCGUUUUCGAAGCGAAUUCUACUUCAAUUCGAUGUUUUGGUUGCCCGGAAAUUUACGGAAAUAUGUCAUGCAACUCUUUAACCUUGUGUGAUAAACGCACACAGAUGUGCGAGUCAGCAGUUAUCGAUCCAGUGAAAAGUCAUAGUCAUCUAAAUGCAGUGGCAUUAGGAUGUGGGGCAAGAAAUAGGUGUGACUUUGUAAAGCAGCUUUACAUGAACAUGCGUACUCCUCUAGAAGAUCAGAAGUUUCAUUGUUGUGACAGCGAUCUCUGUAACUGGGAACCACCAAACAAUACUAGCGAAGUGGAAUCUUUAGCCAACAAGCUCACAUGUCCGCCAGACCUUGUAGCACCAACAACAACAACUACAACAACGACACCGGCACCAGCAACGACAACUUCAACCACGAAACCAGCGCCAACAACGACAACUACAACAGCGACACCGGCACCAGUAAUUACAACUUCAACCACGACCGCAGCACCAACAACGAAAUCUACUACCACGACACCACUGCCAAAGAUGACCAGCACAUGUUCAUUUGAGGACAGCAUGUGUAAUUGGAGCAAUAUGAAGAGUGGUGACUUUGAUUGGAUUUUACACCAUGGAUCCACACCUACGGACGACACUGGACCAGCUGCUGAUCAUACAUUUGGAAAUGCGUCAGGAAAGUACGUCUUCAUAGAGACGAGUGCUCCCAGGACAGUGAAUGAAAAAGCGUUGCUGUUUAGCCCCCUUUUUGUCGGAACAUGCCUUCAUUUCUGGUACAGCAUGUACGGUACAAGUGUCGGCGCACUGAAAGUGAUGUGGCAGACUUCAUGGAACAAUACUGCACCAAGACACACCAUUUGGGAAUUAUCGGGCGACCAAGGCCCAGCCUGGAAACAGGCUUACGUGCCUUUGGAACCUCAUGUUCUCCUUCACGUCAUUUUCGAAGCAUCUGUGGGCAACGGCUAUACAGGUGACAUCGCUCUUGACGACAUCAGCAUUUCAGAUAAGCCUUGUCCGACAGUUAGCAUCGUUGGCUGAAAUUGAUGUAUACUGUCAUUUUAAAUAGUAAAUAUAUGGAUUUCUAGACAUUUUCUA